GCCAAUUACUUUACCAUUCUAAAGUCUCUGCAACGCCAGUGAACAUUUUCCAAAUCCCCAAACACCCUGCUUGCUUCAACACAAGUACGAUGGCUUCUUCUUCGUCUUCUCGUCCUGCUCAAGAAAAAUAUGAUGUCUUUCUUAGUUUUAGAGGUGAGGACACUCGCAAAGGUUUUACCAGCCACCUACAUGCUGCUUUGUGUCGAACAAAGAUUAAAACUUUCAUCGAUGAUGAACUUGAAAGAGGAGAUGAAAUUUCACCCUCUCUUUUGUAUGCAAUUGAAGGAUCAAAGAUUUCAAUUGUCAUUUUCUCUAAAGACUAUGCUUCUUCUCGAUGGUGCCUCCAAGAACUCGUGAAGAUCAUGGAUCGCAAGAAGAUGCAUGGUCAGAUUGUGAUUCCAGUUUUCUAUGAUGUAAAUCCAUCAGAUGUAAGGAAGCAAACUGGGACUUAUGGAGAUGCAUUUGCUAAUCAUGAAGUACGAUACCGGCACAGGGAAGAGAUGUUGCGGGGAUGGAGGAGUGCUUUGACGGAAGCAGCCAAUCUAUCUGGCUUUCAUUCAAAUGACGUUAGGUCUGAAUCAAUACUUGUAGACAGGAUUACUGAACAAACUUUGAACAGAUUAAAGGCUAUGUCUUCAGUUGAUAAUGAGAAGAACUUGAUUGGAAUAGCAAUGAAGAUUCAAGAAAUUAAAUCUUUAUUGUCCGAUGGGCCAAAAGAAGCACGCAAGGUAGGGAUUUGGGGUAUGGGUGGUAUAGGCAAGACAACUCUUGCCUAUGCAGUUUUCAAUGACAUCUCUGGUCAAUUUGAAGCUUCUUGUUUCAUUGAAAAUGUUAGGGAAGCAUCGGAAAAAGGUGAACUAAGUCGCUUGCGAAAAAAACUUAUUUUUACAAUAUUAGAGGAUAAACAUCUCAAUAUAAGGCUCACAUCCACAAAAGAAAGGCUUGGACGUAAGAGGGUGCUUAUUGUUUUCGAUGAUGUGACAGAUUUAAAACAAAUUAAUAAAUUAAUUGGAGAUCUUGAAUAUGUGGGUGUAGGAAGUCGAAUCAUUAUAACAACAAGAGAUAAACAUGUGCUUAAAACAUGUGGACUUGAUGAUGUCACUAUAUACGAGAUCAAAGGAUUAUAUAGUGAUGAAUCUCUUCAACUUUUUAAACAGUAUGCCUUCAAACAAAACCAUCAUAUCGAAGAAGAUUAUAUGAAGCUAUCAAAUAGAGUAAUAAAUUAUACUAAAGGUGUGCCUUUAGCCAUUGAAGUCUUAGGUUGCUUUCUAUUUGGUAGAGAAAAAAUUGAAUGGGAAAGUGCAUUGGAUGAAUUAGAAAACUCUCCCAAUGAGACUAUCCAAACCGUGCUUAAGAUAAGUUACGAUGGAUUAGACCGUAAAGAGAAGGAUUUGUUUCUAGAUAUUGUGUGCUUCUUUAAUGGAUGGGACAAGGAUCUAGUUAGCAUCUUCAGUCCUGAUAUUAAAAUCGGAGUUCUCGUUGAUAAGGCCCUCAUUACUAUUUCAUACAAAAUCAUAAGAAUUCAUGAUUUGCUUCAAAAAAUGGGUAGGGAAAUUGUUCGACAAGAGCCUGUUGAUAAACUUGGCCAACUAAGUCGAUUGUGGCACUGCAAGGAUGUCUAUCGUGUUCUGAAAAAGAACCUUGGAACUGAUACAGUACGAGGCAUAUGUUGUGAUAUGAACCAAAUAAGAGAGAUAAACCUGAAUCCGUAUGCUUUCUCGAAGAUGCAGAAUCUAAGAUUCUUGAUUGUGAAAAACUCAUAUUGGAUAGACAAUAAUAAGGUGCAUGAUUUUGAAGGCAUUAAAUUUGAUUUCACAGAGCUAAGAUGCCUCUACUGGAAUGGUUACCCCUGCACAUUGUUGCCAUUGAAUUUUGAUCCAGAGAAUCUUGUUGUACUUAAGAUGCGCAACAGCAAUCUUAAACAACUAUGGAUUGGUAUCAAGGAUCUUCUUAAUUUAAAAUACCUUGACUUGAGUUACUCAAAGCAUUUACUUAAAGUCCCUGACCUCUCAAAGGCUCCAAAUCUAGAGAGCUUAAUUUUAGAAGGAUGUACAAGUUUGUUUGAGAUCACUCCUCCUUCUCAGAAUCUUAAUAAACUUGUUUUUUUGAAUCUAAGAUAUUGCGAAACCCUGAUCAGUCUUCCAUUUGGUAUUCAAUCAAUGUCUCUAAGAGUUGUUAUUCUCUCUGGUUGCUCUAAGCUCAAAACAGCUCCAAGGAUCUCAUGUAACAUGGAACGAUUGUUUUUAGAUGGAACUGCAAUAAAAGAAUUAUCUUCUUCCAUCGAUUAUCCUUCGAGACUAGUUGAACUAAAUCUUAAAGGUUGUUCAAGGCUUGAAAGUCUUCCAAGCAGCGUUUGUAAUUUGAAUUCCCUUCGACAUCUUUGUCUUUCUGGUUUUUCAAAUCUAAAGAUGGUUCUAGGGAUCCCACGCAAGAUAGAAGAGUUAUAUUUAGAUGGAACUGCAAUAAAAGAACUGCCUUCAUCGAUUGAGAAUGUAUCCAAUCUAGUAAUAUUGAAUCUUAGAAAUUGCUCAAGCCUUGAGAGUCUUACGAAUGGCAUUUGUAAAUUGAAGUCUCUUAAAUAUCUCUAUAUCUCUGGUUGUUUGAAGCUUGAUAGAUUGCCCGAAGAGAUAGGAAAUUUAGAAAGUUUGGAAGUGCUAGAAGGUAAUGGAAUUACUAUAAGAGAAGUACCAUCAUCUAUGGGACAUUUCAAGAAUCUUCAUGAUUUAUCUUUUGUGGGAUGUAAGGGUCUAGGGCUGGAGUCCCUAUUGGCUAUUUUAUCAGGUUUUCUAUUUCUAAGGAGAUUAAAUUUAAAUCGCUGCAGUUUUAUCGAGUUACCCGAUAAUCUUGGCGAGUUGUCCCUCCUGACAGAUUUAAAUUAG